UGUUUAGUUGUUAUGCCUGGGAGGUAUUUCAGACUUCUAAGGAGCAGGGGACCAUCAUGAUGAACUCCUGCACUUUAAAAUUUGGUUGUAACUGUUCCUAGAGGCGAGGCAAGAAACCUUCAGCUCGAGGUGAGUUCUUGUAUUUCUAGGUCAAUAGUGUCGAACAUCUGCCCUUUGGGCCAACCUGGGCCUACCAGGCUUCCCCAUUUGGUCUGUCAGGCCAUUUGGGGCAAGCCAGAAGCACCCACACUACACCUGAUGUCAUACAGGUAAGGAAAGAGCUUGACUAGAAGGGCACAGCUUGGGGACCUAGCACUAAGCAUAUUUGUUCUCCCUGGCGGACUUUAGGCUUUCCAAUUUCAAUGCCAAAAUUCAGUGCCCCCUGCCUCUCACCUUCUGUUCCAAGUCAUAGUUGUGUCCCCCUUCCAGCUCGGUGCUCAUUGUGGGUAAACUGGUUGCAUUCCCUUAUAUUCACCUCUGGGAGACAGAUGCUGCUGAGGUCAUGGGCAGCAACACAAAGUAGGAGUUAAGAGACAGGGGGAAAUGGGAGUAAGCAAAACAGGGUGAUGUUACAAGGCGUAGGAGCAUGUAAGCGAUUUAAAAAUACUUUUUGCAUCACCAUCGAUUAGUUGAUUUUAGUUCCAGAAAAACAACGUAUCACCUAGUCACAGUAGAAAUGUCAUGCGGUUCCUACCCCAAAAAUGAAGGAACGAGCAAACCACAAGGCAAAGUUUGAGAUGGUUAAGCCCUCUGUCCUUCAACCACAUUCGAGCUUGAAAAAUGUAACUAUAGCUCCUCCAAAUGGCAGAAAAGUAGUUGCAAUGCACUCUCUUCGUUUCUACAGGGCUGACUACUAAAGAAAUCCUCAGCCAACUUUUGCCCAGUGAUAUACUGUACACAUUUACUAACAUACUUUGUCAGAGAAUGGGGUGGGUGGAGACAAAACUUUUCACAAGAUAACCAUUUCAUGUUGAUUUUUUUCUGAGCUUCAUUACAGCAACUGGGCAUCCAACAGUUUCUUCACGUUUUGUUAAGAUACUUUUCGGGCUGUACAAAAUUUGGGUCAACAUCCAAGGGUGAUUUCAUAUGGCCAUCUUUUUUGGGCGACUUUAAUAAAAAUGAAACUACUAUAUACUAACAAUGAUGAAGAUGCUUUCAUUCAGCCUCUUUCAUUUUGGAUACGGUACGACACUUUUUCCAACAGAGGCUGCUCAUUUGUUAAACUGCAAGUGAUCAGUGUAGAAUCUACUGAGUGAUGCAAUGGGUUUCCAAGGUUUACAUUAGACUACCUGUAAUUCCUCUCUCUCUUCAUGAUUGUAAUGAUAUGUACAAAAUAUACGUACCGUACAAUGUGGGAUUCAAAAUGUGCUGAAACAGUGCUGGGGCACCAAGCAAACUAUAAUGGAAAGAAUGGCAUUUUGGCAAUAGGCUCACUGCUUAUAAUCACUCCUAUACAACUGUUUCUGCACAGAUACCCAAUGUUGUUAUUAUUGAGUUGCAUAAUUGCACAUCUGUAGAUUGAUGAAGUCCCAGCAGUUAUUGAUCUUUAAUAAGCAGGUGCUUAGCCCAAACAUGAAAACAUCUGCAUGAACAAAAUCUUUUGUUUUCUGUAUUUUGAUUUCUCCCCUCCUGUGUUGAAAGUUCAGUAUAUUCUCCUAUGUACGGAAACCAGCAUUUUAUUAUUACUGUGCAUGCAGUUUGGAUGUGUAAAUAUAAAUGAACAUAUCUUCUACAAUUGCAGAGAACAAGAUGUCCAUUACUAUGAGCACAUCAGACUACGGAGAUGUAACAACCACAGAAUACAUUUAUGACGAAACAGCAGAACCAUGCCCAAGUGACAAUGUUAAUGAAUUUGCUUCCCAGUUCCUGCCACCGCUUUACUCUUUGGUGCUCAUAUUUGGCUUGCUGGGCAACUCACUGGUGGUGCUGAUCCUCAUCAGAUAUAAGAAACUCAAGAACAUGACCGAUAUCUACCUGCUCAAUUUAGCCCUCUCGGACCUGCUUUUCAUCUUCACACUCCCAUUUUGGGCUUAUUACGCAGCCCACGAGUGGAUAUUUGGAGAUGCAAUGUGCAAAAUUCUCUCUGGGAUCUAUUAUGUAGGCUUCUACAGCGGAAGUUUUUUCAUAAUCCUUUUGACGAUCGAUCGAUAUCUAGCCAUCGUCCAUGCGGUGUUUGCAUUAAAAGCCCGGACAGUUACCUAUGGCAUCCUCACAAGCGUUGUCAUGUGGGGCGUGGCAUUCCUAGCCUCUGUGCCGGUAUUGGUCUUCAACAGAUUACAAAAGGAAAACGAUCGUUCAGUGUGCACGCCUCAUUUUUCUUAUGAAACUCAGAUCGGCUGGAACCAGUUCUUUACACUGAAAAUGAACCUUAUAGGCCUGAUAUUUCCAAUGAUCGUCAUGACCUUCUGUUAUGCACAGAUCAUAAAAACUCUAAUGAAAUGCAGGAAUGACAAGAAGAGCAAAGCGGUCCGGCUGAUUUUUAUCAUCAUGAUAGUUUAUUUCAUUUUUUGGGCCCCGUACAACAUUGUUCUUCUGCUACGGACAUUCCAAGAUGCAUUUGAUCUCAGUAAUUGUGCCUCUAUUAGUAAUUUGGCUAUAGCAGCACAAGCGACAGAAACAAUUGCAAUGGCUCACUGCUGCAUCAAUCCUGUGAUCUAUGCUUUUGCUGGCGAGAAGUUCAGAAAAUAUGUUUGCUGCCUUUUCCGAAAGCAUGUGGCUCUCCACCUUCCAAAAACAUGCCUCUCUCUGUAUACAGAGCCUCUGGAACGUGCCAGUUCCACAUACUCCCAGUCUACUGGGGAGCAUGACAUGUCAGCGGUAUUGUAGUGGCUUUCCAGAGAGAAUAAGUAAAACUUACUAGAUCCAUUGAGUAUCACAGUCUAAACUCAGUCUAAAAGGACUGAGUUACUUCUGACAAAAGCUGCUUUUAUGGCAAGAGAGAAGAUCUGGCUUGGAUGUAUACUGAAAUUGCUUGGCUUAUGUCAGCUCACAAGCUACGUGAUAAACAAAUGUUACAUGCAAGGCCAAUGGAGAUGUUAUGAACAUCACCAGGGGUUUAAUAUCAAGCACAUCUUAUACGCUGCUCUCUGUUGCAUUUGAAAUGCAUGUGUGUCUUUUCUAAGGUGGGCAAAUGUAUGCCAAAUUCUUAUACGAAUGUGUGUGCAAAUUGGCAUGCUAUAGUUCCUUGCAGAAUUGAGCCUAUUGCUCUGUCCUUAAGGACACUGAACACCCUGCUCCCACACCCAGUUUGUUUUCUGCAAGGCCAUGCAUUAACAGACAAAAACCAUGUCUUCAUUUCACCACCUGCAGCUAGAAUGUUGGAAGGGAGCAAUGGAAGGGAGCAAUGGCUAUCCACUUUCCUGUCCCUGACAGAUCAAACUAUGCAUCCAAAUUAUGUUGCAUCUGAAGCAAAGGGAAGGUAGGUGCACUGGGAAAACUGGUUGCAGAGUAAAUAGCAGAGCAAUUUCCUUCCCAGUUCCAACCAUGGCAAAAUGAGCCAUUGGCAUGCAAACAACCUACCCAACUCUUUCCAAGGAAAUUAUACUGAGUGCAAGAUCAUUGCACUUAACGUCUGGCCUAAUGUUGGUUCGAGGCCUUGUACAGUGGAACCUCAGUUUAUGAACACCUCGGUUUACAAAUUUUCAGUUUACGAAUGCCGCGGACCUAUCUGAAACGGAUUAAUUCACUUUCCAUUACUUUCAAUGGGAAAGUUUGCUUCAGUUUAUGAACGCUUCAGUUUAUGAACAGACUUCCGGAACCAAUUACACCCAUGCUUCGGGUUAAGUACGCUUCAGGUUGAGUACUCCGCGGACCCGUCUGGAACAGAUUAAUCCACUUUCCAUUACUUUCAAUGGGAAAGUUCGCUUCUGGUUAAGUAUGCUUCAGGUUAAGUACGGACUUCCGGAACCAAUUACACUUAUACUUCGGCUUAAGUACGCUUCAGGUUGAGUACUCCGCGGACCCGUCUGGAACGGAUUAAUCCACUUUCCAUUACUUUCAAUGGGAAAGUUCGCUUCAGUUUAUGAAUGCUUCAGUUUAAGUACUCUGCGGACCGUCUAGAACAGAUUAAUCCACUUUCCAUUACUUUCAAUGGGAAAGUUCGCUUCAGUUUAUGAACACUUCAGUUUAUGAACAGACUUCUGGAACCAAUUGUGUUCAUAAACUGAGGUACCACUGUACUAUUAUGAUGCCACAAGCCUGAUUGGCAGUAGUUUUCCUUGACAGGUUCUGUGAAGAGAGAGAGAUGGACUAUCAUUUUGGGAAUGUACAGCUGUACCUUGGUUUUUGAACAGCUUAGUUCUUGAACAUUUUGGCUCCCAAACGCCGCAAACCCGGAAGUGAGUGUUCCGUUUUACGAACUGUUUUUGGAAGCCGAACUUCCGAUGGGGCUUCCGCGUCUUCCGAUGGGCUGCAGGAGCUUCCUGCAGCUGAUCAGAAGCCAUGCUUUGGUUUUCAAACAUUUUGGAAGUCGAACAGACUUCUGGAACGGAUUCCGUUUGACUCCCAAAGUACGACUGUAUUAGGCUGGGUCUGAUCCACUCUGAUUGAUCUGGGUUAUAGCAUAAUGACAGGCUGGAGUUCCUAGUCAACUGAGAGUCAACUGUCAGGGAAAGGAAGUUACGAUUUUUGCGGAGAAGUGAGUGGAUGAGAGAGGUUUGAUGGGAAAGGCCAGAGAAAAAGGCUAAUGAGAAUAGCUAAAGUCUGGAUACAAAUGUCAGCAUGUUAUUAAUACCUGUCUUAUGAAGAUCAGGAGAAAGGAGUCAGCGGUGAAGGUGAUCAGAAAAGCUGCCCUGUGCAAAGGUCUUGCCAGCGGAAGGUUACACAAAUGGUUUUUUUAAGUUGGCCUAUUUGUCCAAGCAGCCAGAACUACAACCAGAGGAGCUUUGGGGUACAGAGGCAGUCUAUCCCCCAAAAGAGGCUGGAUUGAGCUGUCAGAGUAUUUGACUGGGGUAGAAGUUCAGGGAAUUCGGCCUGAGAUAAAAGCCACUUAGAGGCUGGUGUCAGCAACAGGACUUUAAAGUCUUCAGAAACCGUAAUAAAGCACCUUUAAGACCCCAUUGCAAAUAUCAGUAUUCCCUUAUGUACAUACAGUAGUACCUUUUAUUAAACCAACAAGCUUAAAGUUCAACCUAUGUCUCAUGUUGGCAUCCAUCUCCUGCCUAAACUUUUUAUAUCAGCUACCAAGCUUUGAAAUUGGUGGCAGCGUAAUAUUAAAGAACAGAUAUACAAAUGCGGGUUUUGGUAAGUGAGAAAGAGGGAACUGGUAUCCCUGACACAAGCCAAUAAGGUGAGCAUAAUAAAUGGAGAACAUAGCGCUGUUUAUUAAGCUGAACUCCUUAAUCAGCUGCGAAAAGUCGGAUAAAUGUUCAAGUAAAUGUGCUCAGGAUUGACUUGUUAUAAAUCCAACAAUAAAAGCUUGUUUUGUACUACAAUUUACAUGCAUAGUCAUUAAAUUUUGCUUCCUCAUGUUUUGGAGUUCUGAAAAUUAUAGGUUUUCCUGUAGUUUAAUGGGACGAUGGCAAAUAAACUGGACAAUAGGAGAUUUUACUCCUUUAUGCGACGGAAGCUCAUAUCAUUAUAUGGUAUACAUAAAAUCUGCCUCCAACUCCUAUGGGGAAAAUAAUUAAGCACAGUUGCUGUGACCCCCCCCCCCCUUCCAUAUUUCCCAUUCAC